AUGUCGACAUCGACUACAUCAACAAUGACGAUGUCAACAUCAAUAUCAACUACAUUCAAUUCAUCAAUGAAACCGACUAGUGGUCUGAAAAGUACCUAUAAAGAAUCAUGUAAUCAAUUAUACGAUUGUUAUAUUGAAUAUGGAUUAUUAUGUGAAUAUGGAUGGAACGAAAAUAAAAGUUGCCUGUGCGAAGGAUCUCAUUACUGGUCAGUUCGACAAAAUCAAUGCAUUCGAAAAGGUGAAAUCAAUGACUCAUGCAGUAUUGAUCAUCAAUGCCAUCGAGAAAUUGGCCUUGUAUGUGAGAAAACAUCUGAUGUAUCGAAAAAAAUAUGUGUAUGUGCAGCAAGUAUCUAUUGGGCGAAAAAUUCGAAUUGUGGCCAAACAACUGUUCGUCGUAUUGUCGAUUGUACUAACGAAGAUUAUGCGACAACAUGUCUUGUUCUAGGUACUAAUAAUAUCUAUCAUAUGGUUACAGUAAGAUCAAUUACUGAAAAAGAACUUUCUUUUGAUUGGUUUCUUAUCGAUAAUCGAAUUUUAGAAGAAUUACCACAACUUAGUUGUACUGUCAAUAAUGAAACAAAAUAUUGUUUUGGUCUAAGUGUUCAAGAUUCUCAACAUUCUCUUAAACUUGCUCAAUUUACACGAAAAGGAUUUCAUAGCAUAGAAAAUAUAGGCGGCAGUAAUCGUGGUACAGCAUUUGGUUUAACUAAUAUAAAUAGUGUUGCUGUAUAUGUUCGCAAUUCUCAAAAUACACUUUACCGUCGAAUAAUUGCUGACGAUGAAGUUUUAUCAGCUCAUGAUAUUGCAUUUUCGUUAUCAGGCGAUCCAAUGUGUUACAUUCACGAAUUAUCAAUUAGUCGACAAAUUUAUUGUUUUGCUCGAAAUGCAGUCAAUGGUCUUACCGAAUAUGCUGAAUUGUCAACAAAUACAUGGCGAGCUACUCAAUUAGGUAAUCCAACCGAUCGAAUUCGUGAUGAAACAGCACCUGUUUGUAGCUACGUGGGACAAAUACAUCGUUAUUGUUUUGCUAUAUUUGAAAAUGGACAAAUUUAUCGAAUUCUUUGGAAAUCAGGUGUAUGGAGUACAUGGCAAUCUAUUGGCCGAGAUCGACAAUACCAAUUUAUAAUUCAACCAACAUUUUUAACAUCAAAACCAUUGAAUGAAUCAAGUCUUGAUCAAAUAUGUUAUCUAUUAGCAAUUGAUACGAAUAAUAAUUUACAGCUAUCGACAAAUUUCAAUUGUGCUCAAUUAGAUAGUUUUACUGAAUGGACACCAAUAUCAGCCAAUUUAAAAUUCAAACAAUUUGAUAAAAUAUUUCGAUUACGCGAUGGUAAUAUUGGUGUGUUAGGUAUUGACAGUCAAAAUCGACCUUAUUAUCUAUAUCUUGAUCCAAAAACGAGUCAUUUUACAUCACCACGUCUAGCAUUCACAGUCAAACCAGAAGAAUUUCGUCCUUAG